AUGUUUCGGCGCAAGUUCGACGUUUCCUUGCUCGCGGGUCUGAUCGCUCUAACGUGGAUGACGGUAAUAUUCGAUCUCGCGUGUGGUCAACUGAUCAGGCCGGUUUAUGUGUACGAAGGUCUUAUCAGGGACAUUCAUGAUUACUUUAACAACACGUGCAUCAUACUUCUGCACGCCAAUUCAAAUCCCAUCGAGACGCAAGGACUCGCAGAAGCCGAUCGUUUGCUAAUUCUUCAGAAAUAUUUGAGUUCGACUCUUCAUAUACGCACAGCGCUCAUGGAUUUUCAAAUGUUUAAAACACGAGUCGGUCAAAGUUAUUACCACAUCAAAAGACCUUUGUUUGUUAUAUUAAAUGAUCACGAAGAAACAAGAAAUAGUUUUGCUCAUCAGGUCUCGUCAUGGAUCGCAAUGGCUUAUCCCACUUGGUUGGUCUUCUUUGAUAACAAAACUACAUUUUCGGACUUUUUCUUUAAAGUUUAUGUGCCAUUUGACUGCGAAUUUAUGGUAGCUCGCAGCAUCGACGACACGGGACGAGAGAUCAUCAAUGAAGUAUAUCAAAUUGAUAAAGAGAAAGAACUGAGAUCGAUGAGAUUUGGUGUAUGGGAUGUGAAGAUAGGUCUAAAAGGUCCUAAGCACGGCUUAUUUUCGCGAAGAAAUGAUCUUUUCGGUCAGAAAAUACGCGUUACGUCGGUUCAUGAUCCUCCUAUUAGCUUGUUUCAUCGAAAUAAACAAAACGAAGUAACAGGAAUAAGUGGUUUUUUUGGAGAAGUACUUUUGCUUCUGCAAGAGGGACUAAACUGCACGUAA